AUGAGAUGGGUUGCUCUUAUAUUUCUGAUAUUUGAAUCAUCUUUUCAAGAUCAUGUAACUUUUUUUGGAAGAUAUACUUGCAAUGUUGAUUUUGAUGUAGAUUACUGCACUUCUGAUACCUAUGUUGGUCUGGCAUUCUACUAUGGUAAGAAAAUCCGAGAAAGAAAUGAAUAUUUCGAAAAAAUAUGAAAAUUAAGGCUUGGUUGAUGGGGGUGGUAUGAAUUCAACUGGUUACUUUAUCAAUUCCUCAAUCAAUGUUGAAUUUUUCGACCCAACUGUCCAGGGAAAUUUCUCAAUUGGUGAACAAACUGGUCAUUAUACUUCGUAAGUGUUCAUUUUUUUUUUCAAAAAAUAUUCAAAAUUGUAUGAAAUACAUAAAUUUGAUCUCUAAAAGUCUAAAACGUCACAAGGAAGACGCAGACAUGUUAUAGAUAACUUUUGCAAGGACUUUGAAAAUCGCGCACGCUUUUUUUUAUUGAUAAGAUAUCUUUUAUGAUGGUCGAAAUCUAAUUGUGUCCAAACAAGAAAAUAUAAUAGAGUUUUGCUAAUUGGCCAUAGGUCAGUACAAAUUGAAACAAAAGGUUUGGUUCUGUAAAUAUGUUUCAGAAUCAGAUUCUAUUUUUAAAACAACGUUCGUUUAAUGUAUUGUUGUCAUAUGAUGUUUUUUACAAAAAAAUGAAGGAAUGCGGGGAAAAGAAAAUACGUGUUUGAUUAUUCAUAUGUAAAUUGUUCGGACAAAAGAGAGACAAAAUUGAUGAUGAGGUCAAAAAAUCAAAAAUCUCGUCUUUGGGUGUAAAAUACGAUUUUUCGAGUAAAACUUGUAUAACAAUUGUGAAAGGGAAAUAAUCCGAAUAUGGAAACGAGAAAAUUGGUCUUUGAAUUUUGGAAAACAACAGGAACGUAGUUAAGAUCUCAUGAAUAUGUUCAAACCACGAGCUCAGGGAUCACAAUGAAUCUCUCAGGGGUCACAACAAACCCUUGAGAAACAAUUUCUGACUAUUUGUUUUACCAUACAAACUACUAUAGUCUCGUUCCAUCAAAUCAAAAUUAAAUGUGGAAUACAAACUUCAAAUAUCAUCAAAAGUGCAAAGUUUCAAAUUAAUCAUUGUUUUUCAAAACAAUCAUUUUCAAAAUUUCAAAACAUCAAAGUAUCGGAAAAUUGCUAAACACUUCCCGAUUUUCUGUCUCUCGCAAAACUCGAAAGUUACAGUAACCUUUUCUUUUUUGCAGAAAUUUGCUGACCUUGAUGUUGAAUGAGAACAAAACCGACAAUUUACUAGCAGUAGUCGGUUUCGAAUCGGAUUGUAAAGAAGUUGCCGCUCUCGCACAAGCCUAUGACGCAACAUCGCUUUUAGUGGUGGGAAAAUUGAAAUGCACUUUCUCAUACAUAAAACCGACAAAAAACCUUUCAAAAUUUUUUUGUAGAAUUGUGAAGAUGAAGUGGGGGAAUCGCAUAUGCCAUCAUCAAAAGUAAUUGAAAUGGGGUCUACUCAAGGUGGAAAAUAUAGAGCUUUUGCAAAAUUAGCGGCAUCUGUUGGCUGGACAAAUCUUGCUGUCAUCAAUUUUGAAGAGGAUGGUGCAGAUGAUCAAACUCACCAUGAUCAAUUGCUUGAUGCUUUGUCAGAAGAAUCAAUUACUGUAGGAUAAUUUUCAGCAUGUUACUACGAAUAUUUUCUUGAAUUUAUAGCUUGACUACGUGAAAAAAGGUGGCUUUUCUGCAAAUCAGAACAAUGCAAUGUUCACUGGCACUGAAUCAAUCGUUGACGCAAUUCUCGAAAGUUAUCUGAAAACUCGGAUUUAUGUGGUGAUUCUUCAACUUCCAGUUGCUGGACAGCUGUUUCUUCAUACAAUGUCAAAUUUGGGUCUUUUGGAAACAGGAAAAUAUUUUGUAAUCAUGAUGGGACCUUUAGCAGCGGAUAAAGCGAAAUAUUUCAGCUUCAACAUGAAUCGAGGUAUUUCAUUAUGAAAUUUGACAAACAAAAUUUGUUCGGUUUUUAUUUCGUUUUUUGUUUCGAGAAAAUUCAUCCAAUUUCACAUAUUUUGUUAUUGAUUAAAAACGAAAAUUGAAAAGUUUACUCGUGAAUUACAAGUGAUGUUGAAUGCAAACUCUAUCCCCUUGACUCACUUAAUUUAAAUAUUCAGGAUCCACUUAUAUGAAUUCCAUUCAAUACGGUAUAUCCGACGCCACAGCUCGACAAUAUUAUCGAUCAUUCAUGUAUUUCACAGAUGUUGCUCAUCUUACCAAAGAUUACAGCGAUGAAUGGACUGCUUUUCGUAAUCGCGUUGAUAAAAAUGCCGAUGUCACAUAUUGUCCACCAAUGUGUGAUACACAAGCUGAAGGAAUUGCUAAUAAUGAUGCUUGGAGUAGUGAUGCUUAUUGGUAUUCGGAAACUCCAGCAAUUGUUGAUGCAUAUGAUAUGGGAAGAUUGCUUUCGGAAACUGUAGCGGUUCAUGGGGCAAGUGUUAUAAAAAAUUCGACCAAAUUGGUGGAUUUGAUGACUGGAAGAAGUGUGACAUGUGAGUAUUAAAGGGGUUGCCUUUCUACGUAUUUUUUAAGGCCGAAAUAGUGAGUCACUAUAUUAAAAUAAGUAUGAACAGGCCUGAUGUUGAUCAAAAUCAUCUCACAGUUGAAAAAUUUAAGAGAAUGCAUUUAGCGAGAAAUAAACAAAAAUAAAUUGUAAAAAACUUAACAAAAACAUGGAAAAUGGUAAAAACUCACUAUAAAGUUAAUUUGAAAUUGGAGCUAAGUUUAUCUGUAGUGGAACAAUCCCAUUAAGAACAUUUGUUUGGUUAAAGUAAAAAUAUUUUUUUGCUGCGGACUAAGUUGUUUGAUUGUUCGGCCACACAAAUUUUAAUGACACAAUUUGAUAAGAAGCCGGUUGAAACAACUGAAAUUUGCUAUAUCACUUUGCGAAAAAAGGGUUAUGGAAAAAAAUAAUUAAGAUACUCAAAUAAAUAUUCAAAAAAUAUGUUCAACGACAUAUCAUAACCAAAAGUAUGUUCGUAAACCUAUUACAUAAUUACCAAAUUUCAAAAAUAGUAUGCAAAUCAGAGAGAGCGAAAAGAAGCAGAAAAGUCACCUUCCCUGUGUGCAGUCAGUUAUGUGUUUCUCUUCCCCUCUUUUGUUUUUGUGAGGCCGCAAACUUUUCUGGCUUUUUUGUGUUAGGUUUUUGUGUUUAUCAAAUCUUUGAUUGUUUUGUGCAAAUUUUGCACAAUUAUUGAAGUAGCUUCUUGCGCUAUGUUCUUCACAUUGCGAAAAUCAUCGUUAUAUUCGAAUUUUCAGCCCUUCUUGGAUAUGUCAACAAAAUUGAAUCAAAUCAUGUCGCGCAACGUCAAUAUAUUCUGUGGUCACCACAACAAGCUUCUAGUAGAGUUGGUCCGAUUGCAAUUUAUUCAUGGGCGAAGCCUGCUGCUACUUUGAAUCCAGAUGGAAAAGGAGAUUACGUAAGUGAAUUUAAUUUUUUUCAAGUGAAAAUUUUGAAUGUUUUUCAGUCAAUUGUUUGGACAAAUUUGACCUCAUUGGGUGUAUUGAAUGGUGUUCUUCCUGAUUCUCGACCAGAAUGUGGAUUCAACAACGAACUCUGUCCCAGUAAUUAUAGUAAGUUUUUCAAUUCUGAAUACCUGAUCGCUUUUAUCUGAUCAGGUGACCUGUCAGAGCUCGAGAUUGUGCUGAUUGCUGUAUGCUUUGUUGCGAUUAUUAUUUUGCUCGUUGUCAUUAUUUAUAUUGUCAGGUAACUUGAUAAUCUGAUUAGGUUUGAUUCUAUUUUCAAGAUAUUUCUAGAUGGAUUCGAUAUGAACGAAGACUUGAAUCAUCAUAUUUCUUGGUUAAUCGGAAAGAAGUUCUUCUAAUGGAUAUGUCAAAGUUUGGGUCAAGUCGUGGAGGAAGUGUAUUGCAAAGUGCUUUGAGUAUCAAAUCUGCUCACUUCGAAGAACCCGUGACUGGUGGAACAACAAUGCAAUUUUAUAAUCACGGAAUUCGAAAAGCUGCUAGACUCAAUAAACUUAAAGAAGUGUCAAAAGGAAAAUCUGCAAAUAAAGAUUCAUGGAUUGAUAUUGAUGAUUGGCAUCUCGCCAAAUUUGAUAAUGCAUUGGUGACUGUUCGAAAAAUCAAUAAAACACAGUUGAAGUUAACAAGAGAAAUGAAGCAGGAAAUUGAUAUUUUGAUGACUGAGACUCAUGAGAACUUGAAUCGAUUCUUUGGAUUGAUCAAUGAAACUGAUUUGAUAUUCACAAUUCACGCGUAUGGACCCCGGAAAAGUUUGAAUGUGAGGAUUUUGAGAGUGGGGAGAUUUGGGUAACUUUAAUUCAAGUAUAACUUGCUUCUGAUAACAAACAUUUGUGUGAAUUCAGUUUUACUCAAACUCAUAAAUUCAUUUUCAGGACCUUCUUCGAAACAACGAUUUACGAUUGGAUAGAAUGUUUAGAGUAUCAUUCAUUGAAGAUAUCACCAAAGGUUUGACUUUCCUCCACGAUGGAUCAAAAAUUGGAUAUCAUGGAAAUUUAAAAAGCACAAAUUGUGUGGUUGAUGCUUAUUGGAGGAUCAAGUUGAGCAAUUUUGGAAUGGAAAAAAUUCGGCAAGAUGAACCAGAAAAGAAAGCUGAUGGUAGGGCAAUUUUUUUUUGAAAAAAAUUCAUUUGUAUUGUUUCCAUUUCUAGAUCUUUUGUGGACAGCUCCUGAAAUUGUUCGACGUUAUGGAGUUCAAAACGAUUUACCAAACAUGGAAAUUGCUCGAGCUGAUAUUUAUUCCUUCGCAAUUAUCUUGUAUGAGAUUUAUGGAAGACAAGGUCCUUAUGGUGAUGAUUUCUUGGAUUCUGAUGAGAUUAUCGAGCAAAUCAAAUUCCCUGAGGGUGGAGCGGUGACCAGGCCGGAUAUUCAUUUGAUUACAAAAUCGCCGUAUCCAGUGUCACAAGUUGUUGAAAAGUUAGUGUUUUGAGUUAAUUAAAUAUCUAGGGAAGUGAUAUAAAUCUAAAUAAAUACCUGAAAUGUUCUUAUUUUCAAUCGGGAUGACAACAAGUUUUCAGAUGCUGGAACGAAUCUCCAUCCCAACGACCAACGAUCAAAAAAGUACGCGACCUUCUCAAACCGUUAUCCAAAGGAUUGUAAGUGAAAAAUAUCAUAUGAUAGACUAUUUCAUUUCAAAAACCACGUUUUCUCUCAUUUUUCAGAAAAGGCAAUAUUGCUGAUAAUAUCAUGUCACUUCUCGAUAGAUAUCGUAACAAUUUGGAAGAUGUGAUCAAAGAACGCACAGAACAACUGGAAGAUGAGAAGAAACGAAAUGAAAAUCUGCUUCUACAAUUGUUGCCAAAGUUUGUUUGAUUAGUUGUGUCUGUGGUCAACUGUUUUGUUGAACAAACAGAUCAUAUUUUUUGGGUUGCAGACGAAAGCGAUUUUUUAAGAAUUCAAGAAGAAAUGGGGGGUCAAAGAUUUGAAAGUUGCGAAAAUUUCAAUUUUCAAUAUUCAGAAUAAUUUAUGUUUGGUAAAAAAGCUAACGCUAUAUGCUAGAGAUACCCUGUAAAUAAAUAUAAGAAAUAUGAACCACAAAUUCAGAAAAAAAAUUCACUUUGAUUUCUUUUUGGGAUCAAGAAUCUAGAGAUUUUUAUUUUUUUUUGUCAAUAAUGAAUCACGAACUUAGAUUUUUGGUGCCAUUAAUGUAAAUAAAAAUGAUGGAUAUUUGAGAAGCAAAACUCAUAUAAAAGAAGUUUGGCGCCAAAUCUUGAGAGUUUAAAAGGACACAAACACAUAUUCAGGGUUGAAAAAUUUUUGAGAUAAUUAAAAACUGCCAUAAAUUCAACAAAUCUUGAAAUUUUUUCUGAAUGUGAGAUUUUGGAGUUUGAGGAAAAAGUCAUUUGAUGCCAAACAAAAUUUAUAAUCGAUUAAAAUCACAAACAAGUGUUUCAGAUCCGUCGCAAAUUCUCUUAAAAAUGGUCAACCAGUCGAUGCUGAAUUCUACGACAAUGUUUCCAUCUAUUUCUCGGAUAUUGUUGGUUUCACCUCAUUGAGUAGUAAAAGCACACCACUUCAAAUUGUCAACAUGUUGAAUAAUCUCUACACAGUUUUCGAUACAAUUAUUGAUAAAUUUGAUUGUUAUAAAGUCGAGACAAUUGGUGAUGCUUAUAUGUUUGUAUCCGGAUUGCCAGAGUUGAAUGGAUAUUUACAUGCUGGAGAAGUUGCCAGUGCUAGCUUAGAAUUGUUAGAAAGUAUCAAGGUAACUUUUAUCACAUCAUUUUCUGGACUGAAACAAAUUCAUGAAAAUUUCAGACAUUUACUGUGAGUCACUGUCCUGAUGAGAAACUGCGCCUUCGUAUUGGUAAUCACACUGGUCCAGUUGUCACUGGUGUUGUUGGUAUCAGAAUGCCCCGAUAUUGUCUCUUCGGAGACAGUGUGAUAAUUGCAAAUGCUAUGGAAAGUAGUGGAGAACGUGAGUUAGCCUAAAUUGCCCUGAAAUUUUACCCUCACAUUCUGGAACAAUAUUUUUCAGCCAUGAGAAUUCAAUUAUCAAGUGAUAUGUAUGAGUUGCUUAUCAAAUGUGAAAAAGGAUAUGAAAUUCAACCAAGAGAAAAAAUCACAUUGAAAAAUAAAAUGGAAUUGAUGACAUAUUGGGUCAGUGGUUAUUCAAAGGAGGCGAGAUUGGCGCGACUUGUUCAAUUCCAACAUCAAUAUCCGCAUAUGCAACCGUUGAUCAAGAAAUUCCAUCAAAAAAUGUAUUAAUUUGAAUUGAUUGGAAUGAAUUUUGUUGAAAAGAUGUUAAUCUGCUGUGUGUAAAAGUUGGAAAUUCGAUGCGAAUAGUGUUUAUAGUUUCUCAGGUAACAAAUUCAUACCAGGUGUACAGAAAUUCAGGACACUGAGUGUUUCUCAUAUCGGUUCAGGAAAAUUUACAGAUUCUCGCACCAAAGUUGAAAUUUGAAGGAAUAGAGUGUUGUCUAAACACUCCGUGGAAAAACAUAGAAGUUCUCUAAUUUUAGAUCCAGAAUUGCUUGAAAUGAAAAGACACACUAACCCGAAAUACUCUUUUUGAGAAAUAAAUAUUCUAAAACGGUUCAAAGCAGUGAGGACUGUCUGAGAUGAAUUUAAAAUAUUGUUUCAUAAGAACCUUGCCUCAAAUGUUCUCUCUGAAUUUGAAAUAUUACGUGAACUAUUUAUGACACUUUUAUAAACAAAUGUUUAUGCAAAACCUUUUUCUUCCACGAUACUAUCCAGAUGUCUUGUCAUUUUUCGGCUUUCUCUCAGAAGCCAAUUGUUUAUUAAUCACAAAGCUCAAGCUAAUAAAAGUAAAAAAGUAAACGUUUCUAUCUUGAACAAAAAUUUUGAGUUUCUUUUGUGAAUUUGCAUCUUAUCCUUUUCUUUGUUUGAAAACAUAAACACUGUUGUUCAUUUGUUUUAUUCCUAGCUUUUACCUUUCAAGGUCAGUUUUUUUUCUUUAUUUUUUGGAAUAAAAAAAUAGAUUUUUCAAGCUCAUUAAAAAAAUUUUCUCAAACUAUUUUUAAGCUCACAUUCAAUAUGAAAAAAAACUCUCAACCCUAUAAUCAUAAUUUUUCACAACUUUCUAAAAAAAUCAUCAUUCUAACCUAGUAUUAUUUUUGUUAGACCUCCUUGUGAGUGCUCAAUCACAAAAAACCAAUUUCGUGAAAAUUGUGGUUUCUCAUUUCGUUUCAUUUCAAAAAACCACAAAAUAUGUCUCAUUAAUUCGAAUUUAGGCAGAUUUUCUAUUUGUAUUUGAUAAAUUAAAAAAUGUUUUUUUUUUCAAAAAAAUUAAAAAUUAAAUGAGUCAUAUUUCCAUCAUUUCUCAUUUUUAUCUAAAAAUCUUUUUUUAUCAAAAUAUUUUUUUCAGGAAUGUGUGACAAUUUGAAACUUCUUGCUGAUGUUGCUCUGGAUGAAACAAAAUAUCAGAAAAAGAGAAAGACACAAAUUUUGGUGAGAUAUUUUAGAGGGAAAAGAGGCGUUUGAAAAUUCAAGUCUAUGAGAUGUUGUGCAUUUCUAGUUUUCAUAGAAGAUUCUGAUCGAGCUCCUAAUUUUGAACUCGAACUACUUCUGGAAGCAUUUUUUGAAUUCAAUUUCGAGCUUUGAAAAAUCAAAACCUUUUAUUUUUUGGAAAAAUUUUUCCUAGAAACCUCUCUUUUUCUGAAAACUCUUGAUUUUACAAGAAUAUUUGUAUUCCUGAAUGUAAACUCUUUGUUCCCGUUCAGAGCCGGGAAAAAUCUUCAAAAAUUGAAUGGAAAUAUUUUCAGAAUUAUACAAAUUGCCCAAACCUCAAAUUGUUGGCUGAUGUUGCUGUAAAAGAACUCAACAAAAUCAAUGCAAAAAAUGAUCACAACAAGAACAAUUUCAAAAAAUCAAACAAAAAUACAGUUAAAACGGAUAAAAAAUCAUGCUCAAAUUAG